UUUCAAGAAAUUAUUUGAACGUUUAUUUAUUUUUACACCUUAAGAGCAAGACGGUAAAUCACACCGAGCAGGACGUGAACGCACCCUUAGCACGCCUCAUUAGCGGUAUAUUUGGAUCAGGCACUCGUUUAUUGGAGAUGGGAGACGACUUAGGUGAUGAUUGGUGGGAGCACGAUGACAACGCAGAGCGUGGAGCGUCUGCUAAGCCUCCAGUUUCUAUGAAGUGGACCCAACCACAUGAGAACCUUCACCGACGACUCGACCACAGUGACAUCAUGUGCUCCCCGACUGUAUCCUUCAGCAGCGGAAGAGGAGGAGGUGGAGGAGGAGAAGAGGCCUGUAGAGAAAACACAGAUGAAAGCAGAGAAGAGGAAGAGGCAACCAGAAAAAACAGCCAAAGUGAAGAAGAAGAAAAGCACCGAGCAGAAAGAUCCAGUUGUUACUCAAACUAAGGAGAUGGAUGAACAGAAACCCAAGAAAAAGAGGAAGAGGAAGAAGAAAACAAUCACCGAUGUUCUGGCGUCCUCAGAGCUAAAGCCCGGCAGUCCGGCGGAUCUGCAGGAUCUGGUUACGCUGUAUUUCUCCGACAAACGCUCCGUCAUCGAGCUGGAGGAGCUUAAACUGGCCGACUCCAGUUUCCUGUCGAGUAAUGAUUUGACUCACACUCUCUCAUCGUACCUGAAACAAGUUUGUCCCAAGUGGGCAAAAAUCCAAAAGCAGCACUCGGAGAGCAGUUCCGUUGUUAUUCUCAUCGUGUGCAGCUCUGCGCUUCGAGCCAUCGAGCUCAUCAAGCAGGUGACGGCGUUCAAAGGUGAAGCCAAAGCUGUGAAACUUUUCGCAAAGCACAUCAAGAUGGAGGAGCAGGUCAAGCUGCUACAGAAAGGCGUGGCUCACAUCGGCGUUGGGACUCCCGGCCGGAUCGCCGCCCUCAUCGAGAAGGAGGGCUUAAACCUGCAGGCUCUGAGGUACGUCGUCCUGGACUGGAACUGGAGGGACCAGAAGCUCAGAAGGAUGGGGGACAUUCCAGAGAUCAGACUGGACCUCAUGAAGCUGCUGGAGAGUGGAAUCUUCUCUGCCUGUAGAGAAGAGAAAGUCAAAAUCGGACUGUUUUAACGCGGUGGCGUGUUGUUGGCUGUAAUCCUCACGUUGUUCUGAAGUGACACUGGCGUUCCUGGAAUCAGAAAGGCUUCCUCCUCCUCGUUUUCCUUUUGGGAAUCUUCAGACCUCGGGAAGUGGUGGUCGCCUUCACACUCCAGCGUCAUAUUGGGGAGCGAUGAAUUGAAUAAACAGACUGUUUGAAAACCACA